GUGUGUGAGAGUGAAAGAGCCAGCUGAAAUGCGUACAGUACCAAAUGUCAGAGCUGAACGCUUCGCUGCUCUGAGAACAUCACACACCAAUCAUUGAGGAGGGAGGUGCAACGCCACUUAAGAAGACAGUUUGUUUGAUAAAUAUUCACCAUUUCCACCCGACUCCGGAUCACUGAACACAGAGGGACACCUAGCACUCAACAACAGAUUGUGACUGAAAUGAAGAACUUAAUUCAAUCCGUCCUUCUCCUCGCUGUGCUAAUGUCAACAACAGGGGCACAAGAGUUGAUAUAUUAUGCUCAGGUGGGAGACAAGCUUACCCUUAAGCCUCCAGGGUCUUUUUCACAAAAGUAUGUGUACUGGUACUUUGGUGAACUUGAAGUUGCCGGGCGCAAUUCCAUGGGAGCAACAUGGACUUCUAAAGAAUCACGCUGGAAAGACAGGUUGUCAUUGUCCUCUGACGACUCACUUAUUAUCAAAAACCUCCAACAAGAAGACUUCUGGACAAAAUUUAAAUUUCAAGUAUUAAUUUCAAGUAGUGACCGUUCUGUAUAUACAUAUAAACUACUCAAACUCACUGUGAGUGUGAACCCACCCUCUCUUCUGCUGCCUGGGGAUUCCCUGUCUCUGUCCUGCAAUGCAGAAACUCAGGGUCUCAAGCCAGAGAUACACUGGCUGAAUCCACAAGGAGUUAAAAAAGAAAUUGAACCCCAUGUGAUAGUCACCAGCCAAGACAAUGGCAAUUGGACUUGUGUUGUGACAAAUGCUAAACAAGAGAAACCAGCCAAAGUUUCCGUUACGGUUAUGGACCUCUCCCCAGCUCCUUUAAGUCCUCUGUAUACGUCUAAAUCGUCUAAGGCCCUCAUCGUCCCCUGUUCAAUUCUUCCUCACAUCUCCUGGGAGCAAAUCAAAGCUAAGGAGAUCCAGGAGGUGCACUGGCAAUUCAUCCCUGAACUAGGCUCGAGUCCACAGACGCUGUUCUCCCUCUCUCUGGAAGAUAAACUCACCUGGCAGCCAGAACAAAACAGAGGACUGCGUCCUGUAAAAGACCCUAAAGAAAGGGAUCUGUCUUUGAUUAGAAAUCAAGGAAGUGAAGAUAGAGGAGAUUAUGUAUGCACCCUGAAAUUUAAAAAUGGUGUGUCUCUGAACAGGACUGUACACGUGAAGGUGCUGCAAAUCACCUCCUCCCCAGGAACAGAGUUAAUUUCUGGCCAGCAGCUCAACCUGACUUGCAGUCUCGGCCAUCUGCUGCCUUCUGACCUGCGACUCAAAUGGGUCCCACCUGAACAAGCAUCCCUCUCGUCUUUGUCUCUGGGAUCUGACGGUCACCCCACCCAUCUCACCAUCCCGGAAGUGGGGACAGGAGAUGGUGGAAAGUGGAGGUGUGAGCUGUGGCAGAACGUCACACGGCUGACGUCGGCUGAGAUAACUCUGAAGAUUGAACCCAAACUGAGUGUGUGGAUGCUGGUGGUCAUAUGCAGUGUCACAGUCAUCGUAAUCCUCCUCCUCAUCCUCAUUUUCAUCCUCUACCAACAAAGACAACGGAAGAUGAGACACCUCGGGCGCCGACUCUGCCAAUGCAAAACCCCCAAGCCCAAAGGAUUCUACAGAACAUAAUAUGUACCACAAAGACGUUUUCAAGAGGACAUCGCAACCAAUUCUAUUUCUGUCCAGAUAAGAUGGAUAUUCCUAUCAUAUCUGAAACUCAGCUAGGUGUGUUAGAUGAGGGUCUGAACGUUUUAAACAAAGUUCAGUCCUGACUGUCUUAUCACAAAAAUGUGUUUUAUAGUUGUACAUAUCAGCCAUUUUGGAUUGUUUUGUAACGUAACAUCUUAGGGACUUUUCCAUUUCACAGACUUGCUCUAUGUUCAAUUUAAUUAUCAUUUUAACAUUAUUAUUUGUGAUAAUUGCUGUUAAUAAUUGUUUGUGUUAUACCCUUUUUCAUCCACAUUGUUUCUAGAUUUGUCUUGAUAUGUAAUGUAUUUUGUAUGAUGCUCUAAAAUACUGCACUGACAGGCUUGGAUACUUGCUUUUAUAAAUAUUUACAAAUAUAUUAUUUUUAAAAUGAGCAGCAAAUGUUGAUACUAAAUACACAAAUGAGGACACUCAAGUUAAAUCAAAACUGGACCUUUUUGUCAGAUAUUCUUUAUUUUUGUAGAUGAAUGUAAAGACAUUGGCCACUGAAGUUUACCAAUAAAGUAUCAAUAUCUUUCAUAA